AUGUCACAGGUCUGGCAUAAUUCGAAUUCACAGUCAAAUGAUGUGGCUACUUCAAAUGAUGCUGCGGGCUCCAACGAAAGAAACGAAAAAGAACCGCCUCUGCAGGGAAACCAACCUGGUUUUGUUCAACAACAACAGCAACGGAUUACUUUACCCUCGCUAUCUGCCUUGAGCACUAAGGAGGAGGAUAGAAGAGAUUCCAAUGGCCAACAGGCUUUGACUUCUCAUGCUACUCACAUAUUAGGUUAUCCUCCUGCACAUUCAAAUAUCAUGCCCUCAAUUACAACUGAUUCGGCAUUGAAACAGCCUCAUGAGUACCACCCUCACCCUAAAUCUUCCUCCUCCUCUCCCUCCAUAAACGCUUCGGUUAUGAAUGCCGCUUCAGCGCCAGCUCCAGCUCCCCUUCCUACCGUAGGAGCCGCCAGUUUUUCUUUGUCGAGAUUUGACAAUCCAUUACCGAUAAAAGCUCCUGUUCAUACAGAAGACCCAAAAAGUUAUAAUGGCCUUCAGGAAGAAGAAAAAGCAACACACAGGGUUCAAGAUUGCAAGGAAGUUCUCGCCGGUGUGCAACCUGCUGAUACCGACCCUAACAGUAACCAUACAGAUGCUAAUGAUGACAAUAAUAACGAAAAUUCUAACGAUGAAGAUGCUGAUUACAGACCUCUAAAUGUCAAAGAUGCCCUUUCUUACCUCGAACAGGUCAAAUUUCAAUUUAGUUCGCGUCCGGAUAUUUACAAUUUAUUUUUAGAUAUUAUGAAGGAUUUCAAGUCCCAGGCAAUAGACACACCGGGAGUUAUCGAAAGAGUAUCCACUCUAUUCAGAGGCUAUCCAAUUUUGAUUCAAGGGUUCAACACUUUUCUGCCCCAAGGUUAUAGGAUCGAAUGCUCCACCAACCCGGACGACCCCAUUAGAGUCACUACCCCCAUGGGUACUACGACAGUAAACAAUAACAUCAGUCCACCUGGCAGAGGUACCGUGGACGCACAGGACCUCGGUUCCCUUCCAGAAACCGACGGAAAUGGUAUCCAGCAAUCACAAAAUGUGCCAAUGGUACCUUCGAAUGUUUACCACUCGGAACAGAACCAAGAUCAACAGCAGUCUUUGCCUUUUUCAGCUACUUCCGCUGGAUUGCCUUCAAUUCAACAACCUGAAAUGCCCGCACAUCACCAAAUUCCACAAAGUCAAUCUUUAGCACCCCAAGAAGAUGUCAAGAAAAAUGUUGACGUCGAAUUUAGUCAGGCCAUAAGCUACGUUAAUAAGAUUAAAACAAGAUUUGCUGAUCAACCUGAUAUUUACAAGCAUUUCUUGGAAAUACUGCAAACUUAUCAACGAGAACAAAAGCCAAUAAACGAAGUCUACGCACAGGUGACGCAUCUUUUCCAAAAUGCGCCUGAUUUACUAGAAGAUUUUAAGAAAUUUUUGCCAGACUCUUCAGCUUCUGCCAACCAGCAGGUGCAGCAUGUUCAGCAACAUGCUCAGCAGCAACACGAGGCCCAAAUGCACGCUCAAGCUCAAGCUCAGGCUCAAGCUCAGGCUCAAGCUCAGGCUCAAGCUCAGGCUCAGGCUCAGGCUCAGGCUCAGGCUCAGGCUCAAGCUCAGGCUCAGGCUCAGGCUCAGGUUCAGGCAGAACAGCAGCAGCAGCAAAAGCAGCAGCAGCAAUUCUUGUAUCCAGCUUCAGGCUAUUACGGUCAUCCUCCUAACCGAGGUAUCCCACAACAAAACUUGCCACCUAUUGGAAGUUUUUCGCCUCCGACAAACGGUUCUACCGUACAUGAAAACUAUCAGGAUCAGCAGCACAUGCAACCACCCCAUUUGAUUCCCUUACCAUCGAUGGUUCAACAUGGGCCCAACAUAGUUCAUCAAGGGAUUGCAAAUGAAAAUUUACCCCUGUCGGAUCUGAGAACGUCUCUUACCGACCAGUACGCUCCUUCUACUAUCCAACAACAACAACAGCAUUCGCAGAGUAUUAGUCCUAUAGCAAAUACGCAAUAUGGCGAUAUCCCCGUUAGACCAGAAAUAGAUUUAGAUCCCAGCAUUGUUCCUGUGGUCCCUGAACCGACUGAGCCCAUCGAAGACAAUAUAUCGCUUAAUGAAGAAGUCACUUUCUUCGAGAAGGCAAAGAGGUAUAUCGGUAAUAAACAUUUAUACACGGAGUUUUUGAAAAUAUUAAAUUUGUAUUCUCAAGAUAUACUUGAUCUUGACGAUUUAGUGGAAAAGGUAGAUUUUUACUUGGGUUCCAACAAGGAACUAUUUACGUGGUUCAAGAAUUUUGUUGGUUACCAAGAAAAAACCAAAUGUAUCGAGAAUAUUGUUCAUGAGAAACACAGACUGGAUUUAGAUUUAUGUGAGGCAUUUGGUCCAAGCUAUAAGAGAUUACCUAAAAGCGAUACUUUCAUGCCAUGCUCAGGUAGAGAUGAUAUGUGUUGGGAAGUCUUGAAUGACGAAUGGGUUGGACAUCCUGUAUGGGCUUCCGAAGAUUCCGGAUUUAUUGCCCAUCGUAAAAACCAAUAUGAAGAAACUUUAUUCAAGAUUGAAGAAGAAAGACAUGAGUAUGAUUUCUAUAUCGAAUCGAAUUUAAGAACUAUCCAAUGCUUGGAAACAAUUGUAAAUAAGAUUGAAAAUAUGACUGAGAAUGAAAAGGCUAAUUUUAAACUGCCUCCUGGUCUUGGUCAUACUUCAAUGACUAUUUAUAAGAAAGUGAUAAGGAAAGUUUAUGAUAAGGAAAGGGGGUUUGAGAUUAUUGACGCUUUGCAUGAACAUCCUGCUGUGACAGCGCCAGUCGUUCUCAAAAGACUAAAGCAAAAGGAUGAAGAAUGGAGAAGGGCUCAACGUGAGUGGAAUAAAGUUUGGAGAGAGCUAGAACAGAAGGUUUUCUUCAAGUCACUAGAUCAUUUAGGUUUAACAUUUAAGCAGGCUGAUAAAAAAUUAUUAACUACAAAGCAGUUGAUAUCGGAGAUUAGUAGCAUCAAAGUCGAUCAAACAAACAAAAAAAUUCAUUGGUUAACUCCUAAACCAAAGAGCCAGUUAGAUUUUGAUUUCCCUGAUAAGGAUAUUUUCUAUGAUAUCUUUUGUUUGGCCGACAGUUUUAUAACUCAUACCACAGCUUAUUCAAACCCUGAUAAGGAAAGGUUGAAAGAUUUAUUGAAAUACUUCAUAUCUUCUUUUUUCUCUAUUUCUUUGGAAAAAAUCGAAGAAUCACUGCAAUCCCAUAAGCAAAACGUGUCGGAAUCUAGCGGGUCUGACGAUGGGGGUUCCACUGCUUCGAGGAAAAGGCCGUAUCAACAGGAAAUGAGUUUACUUGAUAUUUUACACAGAAGCAGAUACCAAAAGCUAAAGCGUUCUAAUGAUGAAGAUGGCAAAGUGCCACAACUCUCAGAACCGCCUGACGAAGAACCUAAUACUAUUGAGGAAGAAGAACUCAUCGAUGAAGAAGCCAAAAAUCCGUGGCUGACUGGAAAUUUGGUGGAAGAAGCAAACUCUCAGGGUAUUAUUCAAAAUCGCAGUAUCUUUAAUCUAUUUGCUAAUACGAAUAUUUACAUCUUUUUCCGUCAUUGGACAACGAUUUAUGAGCGGCUUUUGGAAAUCAAGCAAAUGAAUGAAAAGGUCACAAAGGAAAUCAAUACAAGGUCGACGGUUAUUUUUGCCAAAGAUCUAGAUCUACUGCCAAAUCAACUUUCUGAAAUGGGGCUAGAUUUUAUUGGUGAGGACGCUUACAAACAGGUGUUAAAGUUGAGUAGAAGAUUGAUUAAUGGGGACCUUGAACAUCAGUGGUUUGAAGAGAGUUUGCGUCAAGCUUACAACAACAAAGCCUUUAAACUCUAUACAAUUGACAAAGUUACCCAAUCGUUAGUGAAGCACGCUCACACCUUGAUGACUGACGCUAAAACUGCAGAAAUAAUGGCUUUGUUCGUCCAGGAUAGAAACGCCUCUACCACUAGUGCGAAAGACCAAAUUAUUUAUCGCUUGCAGGUCCGUUCGCAUAUGUCCAACACAGAGAAUAUGUUUAGGAUAGAGUUUGAUAAAAGAACUUUGCAUGUUUCCAUUCAAUAUAUUGCCCUUGAUGAUUUAACACUAAAGGAACCUAAGGCUGACGAGGAUAAAUGGAAAUAUUACGUAACAUCGUAUGCUCUGCCACAUCCAACAGAAGGUAUUCCGCACGAGAAACUGAAGAUACCAUUUUUGGAAAGGCUCAUUGAAUUUGGGCAAGAUAUAGAUGGAAGAGAAGUAGAUGAGGAGUUCUCCCCCGAAGGCAUCUCUGUAUCGACAUUAAAAAUUAAGAUUCAGCCUGUAACCUACAAAUUGCAUAUCGAAAACGGGUCUUACGAUGUUUUUACCCGUAAAGCCAUUAACAAAUAUCCUACUGUUGCUAAUGAUGAUACUCACAAGGAAAUGGUUUCCCAGAAGAAGGAGUUGAUAUCAAAAUUUUUAGACUGCGCAGUUCGUUUGAGAAAUAAUUUGGAUGAGACUGAAAAAUCAAGUAUGCAAAAAAAAUGGGAGAGCCUAAAAGAGACUACAGCAAAGAUGAGUAUUGGCGACCAGGUAAUAGACACCAAAGUCGAAGAAGGUGAAAACACGAAACAGGAGCAGCUAGAUGAUUUGGCCAGUUCCGAUGUGAAUGUAUUGCCUUCUUUCAUUCCUACUGUACCACAAGAUGGUAACGUAGAAGCGACUGAAAGCACCGGACCUACAGACAAAGAAGCUAAAAUCCAAUAA